GAGCCUGGAGGGACGCAUUACUAAGGCGACGGGCUCGACGCCUCCCCGCUUCGGGAUGAAUUAGCGGCGGGUUCUUCUCACAGGUUGCGACCCCCGUGGAGUCGCAGUCUUGCCCCAGUGUCCCCGCUACGUCGCGCGUUUUCCCCGGCGUGUCCCAGGUGACGGAGGUGUGCCCUAGGUCUAGGUGGCAGUGCCACAGAAGGAAAGAUAGGCCCCAUUGAAGGCUGACUUCGAGUCCAAUUUUUCUUUUUAUUGGCAUUCGCUCUUGCUAAGGGCUGGCUUCCCAAUCCAUGGUUCUUGCUUCUGCCCUCGUAUUGGUGCGAUAACAGGCGUGCUUCACCACGCCCCCUGGCAGAAUCAUGGCGUCAUGGAAGGGGGUUUACUUUAUAUUCUUCCUUUUUGCGGGAAGCUUUCUUGGAAGUAUUUUUAUGCUUGGUCCUAUUUUACCUUUGAUGCUUAUAAACCUGUCGUGGUAUCGCUGGAUUAGCAGCCGCCUUGUGGCUAUAUGGCUCACGCUUCCUGUGGCAUUGUUGGAGACCAUGUUUGGGGUCAAAGUAGUUAUAACAGGUGAUGCAUUUGUACCUGGAGAGAGGAGUGUUAUUAUCAUGAACCACCGGACCAGAGUGGACUGGAUGUUCCUGUGGAAUUGUCUAAUGAGGUACAGCUACCUCAGACUGGAGAAGAUUUGCCUCAAAUCCAGUCUCAAAAGUGUUCCUGGAUUUGGCUGGGCCAUGCAAGUUGCUGCCUUUAUCUUUAUUCAUAGGAAAUGGAAAGAUGAUAAGAGCCAUUUUGAAGACAUGAUUGAUUAUUUUUGUGUCAUCCAUGAACCAUUACAACUUCUCAUCUUUCCAGAAGGAACUGACCUCACAGAAAAUAACAAGGCUAGGAGUAAUGAUUUUGCGGAGAAGAAUGGACUUCAGAAAUAUGAGUAUGUCUUACACCCAAGAACCACUGGCUUUACUUUCGUGGUGGACCGUCUAAGAGAAGGUAAGAACCUCGAUGCUGUCCAUGACAUCACUGUGGCAUAUCCUUACAACAUUCCUCAAACCGAGAAACACCUUCUCCUCGGAGACUUUCCCAAGGAGAUCCACUUCCAUGUCCACAGGUAUCCAGUCGACACUCUUCCCACAUCCAAGGAGGACCUUCAGCUCUGGUGCCACAAAAGAUGGGAAGAAAAGGAAGAGCGGCUUCGGUCCUUCUACCAAGGAGAGAAAAACUUUCACUUUACUGGGCAGACUACAGUUCCACCUUGCAAGUCUGAGCUCAGAGUCCUUGUGGUCCAGCUACUGUCCAUACUGUACUGGACCUUGUUCUGCUCUUCAAUGUGCCUGCUCAUCUAUCUGUACAGCCCUGUUCGGUGGUAUUUUAUAAUCAGCAUUGUGUUCUUCGUGCUGCAGGAGAGAAUAUUUGGUGGACUGGAAAUCAUUGAACUUGCAUGUUACCGAUUUUUACACAAGCAUCCACAUUUAAAUUCAAAGAAAAAUGAGUAAGAUGGUGGCGUUCACCAUGUGAAAACCUAGGGUUGUCAUGGGAAUGUCCGUCUUCGUAAACUGAGAUGAGUUUUGCAUGACUAUGUCAAAUGUUUCUUACUAUCAUCAUUCUUUGUUAAAGGUAUUUUGCACUUAAUUUUGUGGGGGAAAUAUUGCUAUGUUUUUUUUAAAUCUCUGAAUGUAAUUCCAAUGCUGCAUAUGUAGCAGGGAUCAAUCGCUGUGAAUAACUAGGGCCAGAGUAUUAGAAACAAUCACUAAGCUGUUGAGAUGAAAUGCAAGCUUUUCUGAAAGAUUCAGUCUGUUUCUGACAGACUCUCAGCUCAGAGGCAGCCCUGCCCUGUAAACAGCAGCCCCAGUCUAUCUAAGCAGGUGGUAGACUGCCUCCCCCAGGGGACACAGGCCACUCUUCAAUUCUUUUACACCAAUCAAACCCAAAGGUGGAAUUGCCUUGUCCCAAGCUGAUCACCACUGACAGGGAGCCCUCCAUCACUAAUGGUGUCUUGUGCUGAAUGAGACAGAAGAGCCCCUUUCCUCACCUGCAGAUCAACAUCCGCACUCAGCUCAGGGAGCACCUUCAGGCUCUCCACUUGGCUUUUAAAGACAGAAACUGGUGCAGCUUGCUUUUCCCUCACACUCAGUCCUGCCUUCUUGUUGGUUACGAGCUGUAACUUCUUCCUUAGCGUGUACUGGUACGUGUAAAGAUGCAUUAGAAGAACAUCUCUAUUCAGACAGAAGCUGGAAGGCAGGGUGUCCUGUGCAUGCAGGGUGCCUACCUUCUGCCAUUAGAGCUGCAACAAACACACCUGCAGACAGGAAGGCAAAACAUGCCAACUCAGAGAGAACGCUCCCAGUGAUAGCAAAGACACACUCUCUCUUUUUAGUCAUCUCUCAACAAUAAGUUGAAACGCACACUGACCAACUGUCUGCCAAAUAUGCCUAUCAUUUGGAAGCAGUGAAAACAUAGCAAACCAAAAGCAAGCACCCAGUGUCCUGGGUACGAGGCUCCUGUGCCCAUUGUUUGCACUCCAGAAUGGCAUGCCCCCAUCAUGUGCUUGGGGCAGGGGCAGAGGCACAUAAGCUUCCCCCACACCACCCACCCCCGUGCCCGGCAGUCUCAAUGGCUAUCACUGCCCUGUGUACUCAGACAGGAGUCUGUCCUUCCUAGUGAUGCAUCUGUACCUAGUAAGGGCUUUCAGCUUGCCAAGCACAUUUCUGAGAAAGCCCUGUUUCCAACAGGACACUAUUAGCAUAUCAUGGUUAAGUCUGUUUUUUUGACGUUUGUGCAUGUGUUAGUGGGAAAGUGCUAACUGGUACCUCUGAAGAAACACACCAGCCCAUGUUUAACUGCUCCAUCGAAGCUCACUUUAAUCCUCCACACCCGCCCUCAACACAGCUGUUGGACUCUAUAGUUUUUAAGGUUACACACACACACACACACACAAGCACAAUCCCCCCCUCUUGUUUUUCUUUCAUUUAAUGAGAAAGGUUUCCAAUUUUAAGUUUCUCUGAUGGAUCACACUUAAAUGUGGAAAUAGCUAGCAAUCAAAAUUGGAUUUGUUGCCCAGGUAAAAGGGAAAUGCUGUCAUCUUUGCCCACAGUGGCUGGGCUCGGUUAACAGUGCCGUCCAUCUCAUGGGGCGCCCACAGACUCUCUGUCUCUUGUUCUUUCCUUCACCCUCUUCUGAUCAUAGAAAACAUUAAGGUAGAAAAUACCUUAAUUUUGCUUUAUCUACCCCAAAUGCAUAAUACUAAGCCUAGCACUAAAACUAGAGAAUGUGGAUACUCUACUUGCUUUAAGAGAAAUUUCUCUGAAAGGGGAAAAUACCCUUUAAAAUAAAAGUUUUUAAAUUAUAAUUAUUUGCUCUUAACUACACGUUUAACUGUGUUAAAACUGUUUAAUUUAAAAAUACAUAAUGCUUUUGAGCUUGGAACUGCUUUAAGUCAGUACUUGAACAUCAUGUCUAAGCAGAUGUGGCCUAGAUGGUUGUCAGCCCGAGGAAUGCCCCUGCACCCCUUCAGCCAGGACUCAGCACCUCAGUCCUGCUCCAGCAGACCCUGCCCCUGCUCCCUGUGCGGUGAGCCUAAUGGGCGAAGUGCUCAUAGCACUAUUUAGCUAGUUGAUCCCAUUCAAAGAGAUUUUACAUAUAGUAGUUGUGGGUUAUUUAUAAUGUGAAGCAUUUCACUUUAAAAUAUGAACUGAUAUAGAGAGGAACUGCCUGGGUGAUGAGUUCCCACAUUAAACCCAAGGAAUCCUAAACUGGUCAGGCAGCAUGGCAGGGGAGUGGGGAGACCAAAAAUGAAAUAGAAAAGUAUCUGCAAGAGCUCAUUGCUUAAGACGCUCCCUAACAUCCCGCCUCCGCAUGCUUGCAGAGCAAACCCAAGAAAGAACAGCACCCUCCACUUGUGUUCUGACGGUGACCACGCCACUCGCAGACCCUAUGGUGGUACAAGUCAGAAUCCUGCAGACAGGUUCCCAUUUCACCGGCUCUCAAGCCCAACAGAGAUGCUCCAGUACAGUCAGGAUAAAGACUAGCAGAGGGAGCCUGCUGGUGUUAAAUCGUUUACAUUUCUAUAUAUACAAUAAUGUGCUUUCAGUGCCUUAGUUAUGGGUCCCUUUCUUUUUCCUGUUCUAAGAAUUCUAUACCGUGUUCUUAGAUAAAGUCUCUCCUUGUCACUCACCAGGAGGAAGGUGGUGUCCCAAUGCCGGUCAGUGAUUGACAGAAACAAAACAAAACGCUGUGUUGUAACAUGGAGAAGAGAGCUUGGCGCUGAGCUAGUGGCUGCCUGGUUCUCACACAGAGGAAGACAGUUGCUUGGCCACACAAUGAACUUCAGAGUACAUGUGGCCCUAAAGGUGUCUUGUACCUACCUAAAAUUUGUAUUUCAGAGUCUUGGUUUUGGUAACUCCUUUUUAAAAGAUCAUUACAUGGAGGACACCAAGUUUUAAAAAUAACUCACAGAAUGGCCUUAGCUUCAGUGUCCACUGGGAUGUUUGUGACUUACCUGUAAAAAAUGCAUCCAGAAUAAAGUGGAGUGAAUUACA